UGUCUCUCUUCUAAUUGUUGAAUUUAUUUAACUAAUUGCACAUAUACCUGCUGUCUCCUGUACUUAAACUUGUUAUCACUGGACUACUGAAGUCCUACGGUUCCCUUGUUUCCCCACUUUUGCCUCACAACAAAAGAGAAACUCAGUCACCAACCUCAGUGAUGGCGUUCCCAGCAGUAUCUGACCCACCGCCAAUGUUCAAAACAAAAAUGUUAGAUGACAGUCAAGACCUUCUGGCGCCUCCGUCUCCCUACCAGAUCAAAGUAUAUACUAGCCAGGACUUCUUUGACAGUUCUGUCUUGCGAGAACUCCGGACCGUCAUCAACGCUGCCUACCAAAGCCACGACAUCAAUCCCCUGGGAGAAAUCGGCGAAAGAAUCCAACACGAUACUCAAAUCGUCGAUGAAAUCGGUACAAAUGGCUUCACGGUUGUCAUGUCUUGCGCGGAUGAGAUUGUUGGCACAGCAAGUGUCAAAGAUUGGAAGCCCACCGCCCAAGAAAACGACUGGAAGCCGGCCGGUCAUUAUGCCGGGAAGAGUGCCGACGAGGCUUCAGCUAUGGAUUCCGCGCCAUCCGUACUGGAAACCAUUAGCUGCGAAGGAGAUGUCGAGGUUUUCAUGGUUGCCGUCAAACCUGGACUUCCAUACAGAAAGAAGGGAAUUGCAGAAGGCCUCCUCCGGGCAUGUGAGCAGCAGUUGAAGAAGAAGUUCUGUCCAAAAGAAAAUCAGGUGCGAGUAAUACUUAGAGUCGUUCGAGAAAUCAAUAGCCGAUACUGGCUGAAGAAAGGAUACCAGAUUGUUGGUGAACGCUACUGCCCGCCCUUAACAUGGGAUGUGGAAAAGGCAUUUAUCUUAUUGGCCAUGAGGAAAGACGUUUAGAUGAGACAUAUUAAUGUGCGACAGUGACGAGAGAAAUAUGUAUAUAUGAUGAUAGAGAGUGUGUACAUUUGGCUAAAGUUUCAAUGAAUAUUCAAACCACGCAGAAAAUAACAGCCUUCCCAGACAAUAA